UACACCGUGUACACACUUGUACGAGUUUUUUUUUUGUGAAUGCUCCCGGUACUGUUGUGGUAUGGGCUUGGCGACGGCAGAUCCUGUUUUAGAAGAUUUGGAACCACCGGAUGAGGAACGACCUAUGAGUCUCUGGUCAUGUGUCUUCUACGUCAUUGCCAACGUCAUUGGGAUGGUCCUAUACUGGCUGUACCAGCAACAAAGAUCACAACGCCUGCGACAAGAAGAGAGCGACUACAUUGACAGAUCAGGAGACAGUCUUGGUGUGUCCAGCAACUUGACCACCAACUACUACAGUCGUCAGAGCCGACGUACAGCGAGCCAGUCUUCACUGCUGUCCAUCCUGGGAAUAUCCUACAACGGCUACAAGACCUUCUACGCUUUCGAGGACAGGUUCAGCAACUUUGAUGACGUGAGUUGGGA